AUGAGAAUGCAUACGAGCAUAUUCCCGGAUUUCGGAAACGAGAAGGUGUUUCCUGCUUUUGGGGCUUGUCCAGUUGAGGUGGAUGGUGAGGAUGAGGGGGAGGGAAGAGGGAAAGGGAAUGGGAAUGAGAAAGAGAGGAGGGGAGAGUAUUUCCUCGUAGGGAGUAUUAUGGAGGAUAUGACGUUGAGCCCGAGGACGCCGACGUAUGUUUGUCGGGAUCGCGAGGGGGGGCGGUAUGCUGUUACGCUGAGGUUGGGUGAUGGGGAAAAUGGAGAGGGGGGAGGGAAGGAGGGGGCUUUGGGGGGUGGAAGAAGGUAUGGGUAUAUGGUUGUGGUUCAAGGGGCGAGGAGGAGUGGGGUGAGAGAGGAGAAUGUAGCGACGGGGGAGAGGGGGAAGCAGGGGUUUGUGGGAGUUAGGUUGGGGGAUGUCGGUCUUAUCCCUACGACCGUGGAGAAGUUGCGCGAGAUGAGUGAGAGGUUCAGGGAGACGGAUGGGAGGAAUGUAUGUCAGGGGUGUGGGAAAGGGGGAGAGGAAGGAGGGAAGAUGAAUAGGUGUAAAGGGUGUGAGAGUGUUUGGUAUUGCGGGAAGGAAUGUCAAGUGAGGGGAUGGGGCGAGAGGGGUCAUAAAGGCGAGUGUAAGGUUUUGAAAGCGGUGGGUGAGGUGUUUGGAAAGGAUUGA